GGUCGGGAGCGGGGAAGCGGGACUUGGCGACGACCGGGUCAAAAUCUGGAGGCCGCGGCUUGCGCCGAGAGCCUGGAGGGCCUGCGGGAGGGACCUGGCGGGGAAGCCGGCUAUUUGCACAGCUGACCUUCUCAAGAAGUUGUCGUGACCUGUGAGGGGCAACCCAGGAGGCCCGACGCGGCGGGGAAAGCGGGCCAGGCUGCCCGGAGGGAGCGGCCCUGUGUGACGUGGAGCCUGACCCGCCGAGUCCGAGCGCGCGUCUGCUUCGCUGGCUGCAGCCAGUUCUGGUUGAGAGCCAAUGCUCACGACUGGAUGGGCCAGCUAAUCUCAGGUGACUCGGUCAUCUAAAGAAUGAGGAUGAAAAUACCUUUGAGGGACGUUUGCUGUCCUGAAUAGUCAGUCGAGGUAAAUGAUAAGGAAUCAAUAAAGUGAACAUACACAUAAUUUUCAAAGCAACCAAUAAGAAAGAAAUGUUUAUAUUCACUCAAAAAUGUCCCAGGUUCAAGAUUAUAUCAGAGUCAUCGAUGGACAGGAGAUUCCUGGAGCUGUAACAUAUGGUCUCUUAUGACUUUUCUCUUACAACUUUCCCUGCUUGGGCUUUAUAGUUUCUACCCUUUCCCAAGAGCAGCAGAAAAUGAACAAGUUCAAGGGACCAGUGACAUUUAAGGAUGUUACUGUGGAGUUCACCAAAGAGGAAUGGAAAUUACUAACUCCUGCUCAGAGGACCCUGUACAAGGAUGUCAUGCUGGAGAACUACAAUCACCUGGUCUCAGUGGGUUAUCGUGUGAAUAAGCCAAAUCUGGUCUUCAAAUUGAAGCAAGGAAAAGAGCCAUGGAUAUUGGAAGUAGAAUUUCCACGUCGGCGCUAUCCUGAAGACCUAUGGAAUAUUCAUGACAUUGGGGCAAAAUACCAGAAAAGUCAAGCUGGAAAUUCAAGGAAUGGAGAACUCACAAAACAUCAGAAAACUCCUAACCAGGAGGAAAGUUAUGAAUGUAACCAAUGUGGAAAAUCCUUCGGCCAAAAGUCCGCCCUUAUAGUGCAUCGGCAUACACAUUACAAGAACAAAUCCUAUGAAUGUGAAAAAUGUGGGAAAUCUUUCUCUAUAAAUGAAGACCUCAUAAAACAUCAGAAAAUUCACACCAGAGAUAAAACCUAUGAAUGUAAAGAAUGUAAGAAAAUUUUCUACCACCUGUCAUCUCUUAGUAGACAUCUGAGAACCCAUGCAGGAGAGAAACCCUAUGAAUGUAAUCAGUGUGAAAAAUCUUUCUAUCAGAAACCACAUCUCACAGAACAUCAGAAAACACACACUGGGGAGAAACCCUAUGAGUGUACUGAAUGUGGGAAGUUCUUCUAUGUGAAGGCAUACCUCAUGGUACAUCAGAAAACACAUACAGGGGAAAAACCCUUCAAGUGUAAGGAAUGUGGGAAAAACUUUUCUCAGAAGUCACACCUCACAGUACAUCAAAGAACACACACAGGGGAGAAACCCUAUAAAUGUAAGGAAUGUGGAAAAUUCUUUUCUAGAAAUUCACACCUCAAAACUCAUCAGAGGACUCACACAGGAGAAAAACCUUAUGAAUGUAAGGAAUGUGGUAAAUGCUUCUACCAGAAGUCAGCCCUCACAGUACAUCAGCGAACUCAUACAGGGGAGAAACCCUUUGAAUGUAAUAAAUGUGGUAAAAACUUUUACUAUAAAUCAGACCUCACUAAACAUCAAAGAAAACACACAGGAGAGAAGCCCUAUGAAUGUACAGAGUGUGGUAAAUCAUUCUCUGUGAAUUCAGUCCUCAGAUUACAUCAAAGGACUCAUACAGGAGAGAAACCCUAUGAAUGCAAGGAAUGUGGGAAAUCUUUUUCUCAGAAGUCACAUUUUACCAUACACCAGAGAAAACACACAGGGGAGAAACCCUAUGAGUGUCAGGAGUGUGGGGACACCUUUAUCCAGAAGUCACAACUCACUGCACAUCAGAAGACACACACACGGAAGGGAAAAGCUGAGAAAUAGUGUGAGUUGAGAAUUUCUGUCUGAGUUUAUCAUUUGGUGUUAUCAGAUGAUUUACACAAGAGAGAAACCUCAUGAGUAUUAUCAAUAAGGGAAAAAUUUCAACCACACUCUCCUCAUAGAAUAUCAGCAAAUGCAUAAAGAGAAAUUCUGUAAAUUUAUUAGGGAGAAAUUUUUACCACACAGUCGAGUAUAAAUAUCAGACUUUAUAGAUGGCAGAAACUCUACAAACUAUAAAAUAUGAAGAAAUAUUUCUUUCAGAAGUCAUACUUUAUUUUCCAACAUCAAAAUCACACAAGAGAAGGUGGGUAUGGUGGCACACACCUAUAAUCUCAGUGCUCUGGAGGAUGAGGCAGGAGGAUCAUGAGUUCAAAGCCAGCCUCAGCAAUGGCGAGGUGCUAAGCAACUCAAUUAGACCCUGUCUGUAAAUAAAAUACAAAAUAGGGCUUGGGAUAUGCUCAGUGAUCAAGUUCCCCUGAGUUCAAUCCCUGGUACCAAAAAAUAAAAAAUAUAAAUCACACAAGAGAGAAAUCCUAUGAGUAAAUAAAUGUCAAGAAGUUUUCUGACAGGACAGUCAGCACUUCACAUCUAAAAGCUAACAAAUAUAAGAAACUCCUGUGCACAUUCUGAAUAUUCAGAAGUCUUUUUAUACAAGUUGCACUUACAAGAAAUUAGAGAACUCAAGGGGGAUAAUUGCAAAGAUUGUAACAGGCAUAGAAGCAGUUAUUAAAGAACUAAUGUUUCAGUGAAUGUCAUAUCAUUGAUAAUUUGGAUAAUACCUCUAUAAAUAUUUGAAAGAUUUUCAACAAAAUUUCAAAUAAUUUCUACUGAUGGAAGCAGUUACGCUAUAAAGCAUGAUGUGUAUUCCAAGGGUUCUUUUUUCCUUUUCAAAGAAACCUGCAAGUAUCCACAUACAUGAAGCUUUUAAGAAAGCAAAAAUAAAUUGAGUAAUCAGACAACAUCAUUAAACACACAUGAAGAGUCUUUUGGUAUGUAGGACUUUUGUGUGCCUGUAAGUGUACUACAAAAUAUAACUUACAGAUGUCUGACAUGCAAGUAGAACCCAUCUCUAAUUGUACAUAGGAAAACAUGUUAGUUAACCUUAGUUCAAUAAUUAUUAUGUGUAGGAGAACUGUCACAUUACCUGAACAGUGGUUUCUGUUGUUGCUGUGAUAUGUAUUGUAGUGUAAUACUCCCUUUUUUUCUUUUAGUGCGUCUUUUCCUCCCAUUUCCUGGCACUUGUAAAUAGAUAUAGACUUUGUUACUGAAUUAACCCUUUAAAAUGAAGCUAAAAUGUUCUUGUUAAAUGUUCAGCUGUCUUAUGGUCAGCCAAAUUUUGGAGCAGGGACACAUUUAUUUUUAGCAAAAGUCUGAGCUGUUUUUAAAGCAGCCAAAAACAGUAACAUUUAUUAUACUCUACACUAUAGAAACAAACAGUGCUAUGUUAGAAAUAUAAUUAUCUUACUGAUGGUGUUUUAGCAGGGUGUAUGUAGUUAUCCAUGCUUGUAUUUUGUGUGAGUCCUAAAUGUUCUUCCAUACAUUUUUCUUCCUAGUAGAAGCAACAUGGCAUAAUGGUUAAGAGUGAGGACUCUGGGCUACUAGCCUAAGCUCAGAUUCCAGCAAAGGGGGCAUGUCACUGAACCUCCCCAUGCCUCAGUUUCUUUUCUGUAAGAGUAGUGAUAGUAUCAUCUUAACAUUGCUCAAGGUUGAAGUGAGUUAAUAUUUUAAAGCACUUAGUAUAGUGUCUGAGACACAAGAACUAUAUAUUAUCUAUCAUAGUAAUUAUAAUUUGUAUCUCAUGAAUUAUCCUGUAAAAAAAAAAAAAAAAAAACCCAGCACUCAUCUCCCACCUUAUUGCUGCCAGUGCCUUGGUUUUGUUUGGUUGUUUGUUUUCCCAGUGAUUCUGGAAGAGAAUUGAGAUUAAGCUAGGCCAGUGGUUGGCAAACCACAGCUCAUCUGCCAGAUCUCAUCCACUACCCAUUUUUGUGCAAGGUGAGAAAAGUUUUUUAUUACUAAGUGACUGAAAAAACUUACAGAAUAUUUUGUGACAUUUGAAAAUUAUAUGAUAUUCAAAUUUCAGUGUCCAUAGAGCACUUUGAGGACAACUAAUACAAAUAAAAACCAUUUCUUUAUGUUUUGCCUGUGGUUGUCUUCACCAGUAGAGUUCAGUAGUUGUGACAGAUCAUAUGGCCCACACAGCCUAAGACAUUUACUACUUGGCACUUUACAAAAUAAGUUUUCUGUUACAUAGAGCUGAAAACAUUGCAGCCAAUGUAGAGGUAUACUUUUAUACAUGGAAUGUGAUUCAGAAAUGAAUACAGCAAUUUGUGGGUGGAUGUUUUUGUGCAGUAUAUUUAUUUUAUGCAUUAUAUUUAUGUUUAAAGCCUAAGCUUAGAGGUAUUUUUUUUCAAAGAAAUGUGUUUUUUACUCACUGUAUUGACAUAAAAUAAAAAAAUUCCUGAUAGAGUGUAACAAACAAAUACAUGAAAUAAACUGUGUAAAUUGAAUUGAAUUAUUAAUUGAUCCUUCCCUACAAUAUUUAUUUAUUUUCUUCCAAGUCAAUGAGCAGUUCUCCCCAUGUUGUUUUAGUUUUCCCACUGUACCAUCACAAGGUACCAUCUCUAUCUCAUAUUUGACAUAACCUAAUGACAGAAAUUUGUAGAUAGAUGGUUUUCAAAGAUAGUU